GUGCGAUAUAACUAUCACGGGUGAACGAACGAUAAACAUAACCGAUUUACCAAUAUUUCGCUGGGCCUCAAACCAUCGAAUCGCAUAUCGUCUCUGUGCCAAAUCGUCAAGAUGUCGCUAAAGGACGAGUUUGCGACGAGAAACUUCAGUAUUUACGGACAAUGGCUCGGCAUUCUGUCCAUGAUCCUUUGCUUUGCGCUGGGUAUUGCGAACCUCUUUAACCUCUUCGGCCACUUCCUCCUCAUCAUCUUCUCCAUCCUCGCUCUGAUCUCCUGUUUCAUCAUCCUCUUCGUCGAAGUGCCCCUCCUGCUCCGAAUCUGCCCUACUUCGGCCUCUUUCGAUGCUGCCAUCCGCCGAGUCUCGACUAACUACAUGCGUGCGGCCGCUUACGGCGUGAUGGCUGCCGUGCAAUGGAUCAGCAUCGCAGUCGCUGUCAGCAGCCUGAUCGCCGCCGCGGUUGUUUUGACCUUCACGGCUCUCUGCUACGCUCUCGCCGGUGUCAAAGGCCAGGCCUUCGUCGGAAGCAAGACCUUGGGUGGCGCCGGUGUUGCGCAGAUGAUCGUAUGAUCAAGUCACGAUGCGAACGAGUCAACGACCGAGAACGCUCGAGAACGGUACGCGCGUCUCUCGCUUGGGCAGGAAUAGUUGAUGGGAGGUUUUCGUUCUCGAUGUGAUUGACGAGUAUCAAUGGCCUAAAAGGAGUUGUACCCCGUAUGCGAAAGGAUGUGUGGUUUCCGGUCUUGUUAUCCUAUUCGGAGGAGAAAAGGGAUGGUUUGCAUGGUUUUUUGAUCGUUAGGAACGGCGUAACGGAAUAUGACAAACAAGACGGCUGCGGAAGUUCUGGUUUUUUCCUGACUUGUUACCGCAUCCAGAAUGGAUGAGAUACCCCAGUCUGAACCUGGUGUUUUGAAUCUGACAUCUUUCUAAGUUCCUACUAUUACCGCAAUACCUUAAGACCUCAGUUCUAAGGAUAUUGAUUGGACCAGGCUCUAUACUGUGAAUUGUUUAUGGUCUAACUGAUGAUAUUCACCCCGGUUA